UUUGUUUUUCGCAGUCAGACCGUGGCGAUGGCGCAGCUGUGUAUGGUGUGCGAGACGACCGAGUCCAAGUACAAAUGCCCGACGUGUAGAGCUCCAUACUGCAGCCUGGCUUGCUGCAAGAAGCACAAGGAGACGCCGUGUGAGCCAGCGUCGGUGCUUGAGAAGUCGCAGGAGUCUUUGCAAUCAACGCCAACGCCGGCCAAUGCAAAGGACGUGGACGAGGAGGGCGAGAACAAUACAGAAACACUCAUGGAGGAGCAGAUGGAUGCACUUAGAAUGUCUAAUGGCGUAAAAAAUAUGCUUGCCAAUCCAGCCAUCACGCAGGCGCUGACACAGAUUGACAGCAGUCAGGACAAGAUGAAGAUGCUGGAGAAGGCGCUUCUGGAUGCUACAUUCGCCACAUUCAUGUACCAAACGUUAGACGAGGUCGUGCUUGCACAAUAAACCUGGAUACUUCACUUUCUUGAAACUUUA